AGUAAAUUAGGGAAGGCAUUGAUAUCGACAAGCUUUUUUUUUUCUUCCUGCUGUUUCCCAAGGCUACUCGAUAUCCCUCAUUGCCGCUGAACUAGAUUGCGACUAUUUUUCCCUGAACCGGAAGACGAGCCGGCAAACGCGAGCAGCUCCAGCGGCUCCCGUCACUCUUCUUUUACGUUCCGUCAUCUUCACCAGCUAUCCCCCCACGCUUCGACCAACUCACGCCUUCCUUCGGGCCUCCCUCGUUCUCCAAUUACCCUCCUAAACACUCCUAUAUCCCGCUACCUACCGACAGAAGUUGAGCAGUGCUCCCUCAGUCCAACAUCAUGUCUUCUCCGCUCUCCAACAGCAAACGUAAGCGCGCCGACUCCCAACACUUGUCCACAGCAGAUAUCGCAAAAUCAUCAACUACCGAUCUCUUGCAACCAUCGUCACGCGAUGCUUCCGGUGAAGAGGGAGACGAGUCAACUGGCCCAAUUAUUUCUCCGGUCAAGGCUUCGAACAAUCCGCCUCCGAAACGGGCGCGGAAGGCUUCCGUGAGCGAAGGACAAAGUGGUGAUGCGGGAAAGGACACUUCAAUUAGCAAGGAGGAUCCUGGCGAGCCAUCCGAAACCACACCGGCCAGUAGUGACAUUGAAACACACACCAAAACUCGGCCUGGAUUGCACUUAAAUACGAAGCCCGAUGAAGAGUUGAUGAAACCACCAGUGCUAGGCAAACUGCAGGAUCCUGCUGGUGGAUAUAAAACCAAUCCGCCACCUGUGGGCCGUCCGGUGCGAGUAUAUGCUGACGGAGUCUUUGAUUUGUUUCACGUGGGUCAUAUGCGACAGCUUGAGCAAGCCAAGAAGGCUUUCCCUGACGUUUACCUUAUAGUUGGGGUGACCGGAGAUAAGGAGACUCACGAGCGGAAAGGUCUUACAGUUCUAAGCGGCGCAGAGCGAGCCGAGAGUGUUCGUCACUGCAAAUGGGUUGACGAGGUUUUCCCAAACUGCCCGUGGAUUGUUACUCCAGAAUUCAUGGAAGAGCAUAAGAUUGACUAUGUUGCGCACGACGACUUGCCGUACGGGGCCGCGGAGGGAGACGAUAUAUAUGCCCCCAUCAAGGCCCAAGGAAAGUUCCUGGUUACUCAACGGACGGAAGGUGUGAGUACUACGGGUGUUAUUACAAGAAUUGUUCGCGACUACGACCGUUACAUCUCUCGACAAUUCAAACGUGGUGCAUCGAGACAGGAACUAAAUGUUUCAUGGCUGAAGAAGAACGAAUUGGAGAUCAAGCGGCACGUGUCGGAGCUCCGCGACAGCAUCAUGACCAAUUGGACGAACACUGGCCAGGAACUGAGUCGAGAGCUGCGCCAACUGUGGAACUCCAGACCUAAUAGUCCAGCUCCUAGCACGAGGACCAGUAUGGACUGGGGAAGCUCGCGCGGGGUUGUUAGUCCUACAGCUGGUGGUAAGUCACAUGUCUCCCGCGUGGAAGCACUGGGUCGCACGGAAAGUAUCACUGGGAGGGAGCCGGAUUUCGCCACAGGCUAUAGCUUAGGGUUAAUCGGGGGCGUCAGGGCAUGGAUGCGCAGUCGUCGAUCUCUCCUAGAAAGCCGAGGCCAGUCACCAGCCAGUGAAGAAGAACACGAGUCUGAACUGGAACGCAGCAACGGUGAGGGACCCGCCGAACCUAAGCGGUAAACUGGCAGUCCAUCGGAUGUGUCGAACCGGCGAGGUUACAUUCAUGAUCUUCAUCUUCGAGGCAAUCUUAGGUCAUAUCGGCACAUAAGCAAGCGCUCCGGUACCGCUCAUGGUAUACCAGGGCUUAUCUUUCUUUCAUCUCCGUUUAUAUCCAACAUCCUCUCGAUUAAUGACAUACGGAUGUCCAGACUGGCGGGGGAACCAUAUUCUUGAUAUUCAACUGCAUGAAACCGACAUUUGCAUCUCUGUACAACACUCAAAAGGACAAGCAUGAGGGGAAACAGCACGAGCGGAAAUUCUGAUUCCACGAAAUUGAUAUUAGUAUAUGCGCGCAUGGGAUUCGGACGAAAUUGAAGGCUCCCUUUCCGUCCGUGUUUUCAUCCUCGUAUCGAUAAUUUACUUUAUGCUGGG